AUGGCAAUUGAUAGGCUUAAUUUGGGCAUGCGUGGGUUGUCCAACUACUCAAUCAUCAAGAAAUGGAAAAUAGCAGAUAUUGUAUUGUGCGUUUUACUAUAUGUGAUCAAUAUCCCUAUAUACUAUGCUGCACCUUUCGAACGCCAGUUUUCGCUUAAUGAUUUGUCCUUAGCACAUCCACAUGCGGAAACACAGAGGGUAGGAAGUACCGCGCUGCUAACUUACAGUUUGGUGAUUCCAAUUGUUACAAUUGUGUUAGUUUCUUUCGUUUUAGCAGACUCCCAGCACAGAUCCUAUUUAGCAUUCGUUUCAGUGUUGGGGCUAUCCGUCUCGUGGGUGGCAAAUAACUUGGUCACGGACUUUCUGAAGAACUUAAUAGGCAGACCGCGGCCAGAUUUUCUAGCACGUUGCAAACCCAAAGAAGGUACUCCUGUGGACGUUCUGGUUACAGCUGCAGAAGUGUGCACAUCGAAGAAUCUGGGACGUCUCAGAGACGGUUUUCGCUCCACACCUAGUGGUCACUCCAGUGAAAGUUUUGCUGGCCUUGGGUAUCUCUCGUUAUGGCUCGCAGGGCAGUUGCUGGUCCAGAAUCCAGCUGUUAGUCAAAUUCGCAAAGCACUUGCCUUUCUACCCCUGGUGGGAGCCGUAACGAUUGCACUCUCCAGAACUGAAGACUACAGACAUCACUUUGUCGAUGUGAUUCUUGGGAGCUGCCUUGGAAUGUUCUUUGCUUAUAACGCGUAUUUUGCUUACUUCCCAGGAUUGUCCUGUGAAGUGCCCUUUAAGCCAUUACUUGACGACACCGAUCUCGCAGAUAAUUAUGAUGAAAGCGCAGCUGGCGAUGAAGAAGCUACACCGCUAAGGUCAAAUUAA